AUGGCACUGCCUCGUAACUCGCAGCAGCUGGAAAGUAAGCAAGGUCAAAGCGGGCAGAUCCAAAGUGUAAUUAGUGGAAGCUUGAUAAAAAGUCUGACAGUCUUGGAUGAAUUCAAGCAUGGAUUUCCUUCGAAUGGCUUGUCAGUUGCCUCAAAUAAGUGGUGGGGAAGUGGCAAUCCAGGAGAUUUUGAUUACAUAGAUGCAACUGAAACUGGUAGAGAAUGCAGACCGAAGUGCCAAGAUAUGGCAGAUGGUGGUUCCAAUGCUGAAAAGAAACCUGAAGGUGAGAAAGAGAACAGCGAUUCCACUCUCCGGGGGGCUAGUUUGCUGACAGCUGUGAGAAAAAGAGCCCUUGAAGAAGGACGAGAGGCAUUCAAGCUGGGCGUUUUUAGGAGCCACCGUGCUCAAAAGAUAGGCAAGAAAGAGAAAUCGCUGAUGCUUGGCAUUUUUCAAUCUUCACAGCCAAAGGGAUGGAUAGAUGAUUAA